AUGAGUGUCAUUCUCUGUACUGCUGGUUACGACCACACCAUCCGCUUCUGGGAGGCUCUCUCAGGCAUCUGUUCCCGCACCAUCCCCCACCCCGACUCCCAAGUGAACCGGCUCUGUAUCAGCCCCGACAAGCGGUACCUUGCUGCGGCCGGGCAUCACACAGUCAAGCUCUACGAUAUCAAGUCGUCCAACCCCGCGGCCGUUCUCACCUUCGAAGGACAUACCAGCAACGUCACCGGCGUCGCCUUCCAUUGCGAAGGAAAAUGGAUGGUGACCAGCUCCGAAGAUGGGACGGUCAAGAUCUGGGAUACGCGAACGGGAAGUGUCCAGCGCAACUACGUCCACGGCGUCGCGGUCAACGACGUCGUCAUCCACCCGAAUCAAGGCGAGCUGAUCGGCUGUGACCGGAAAGGAAGCGUCCGCAUCUGGGACUUAAGUGAGAACAAGUGUACACACCAACUAAUCCCAGCCGACGACACCCCCAUGUCCAGCGUGACCGUUGCUACCGAUGGCACUCUUCUCUGCGCCGGCAACAACAAGGGCUGGGUCUUCGUCUGGCGCAUGCACCAAUCCACCGAAGCCGCCUCCGUCACCCCCAUCUGCCGCUUCCAAGCCCACUCCACCUACAUCACCCGCGUCCUCCUCUCCCCCGACGUCAAACACCUCGCCACCUGUUCCGCCGACCACACCGCCCGCAUCUGGACCGUCAACCCCGAAGCCUUCAAAGACAACGCCCUCCCUACCCCGCCCGCCGUACAGGCCGGCGCUCCUGACCCGCCGCCCGGCGACACCCGGCACGGCGCGACGAACAGCGCGGAGGCGUUUCCGCUGGAGACGACGCUGCACGGGCACCAGCGGUGGGUGUGGGACUGCGCGUUCAGCGCCGAUUCCGCCUAUCUCGUGACGGCGUGCUCAGACCACUACGCACGACUAUGGGAACUCAGCUCGAAUACGAUUAUCCGGCAGUAUAACGGGCAUCACCGGGGGGCGGUGGCGGUGGCGUUGAAUGAUACCGCGGUAGGAUGA